AUGGCCAGGCUGGAGAAGCAGAUGGGGAGUCGACUGAACAACUUUGAACAGGUUGUGAGAAAGGUGGCCGAGGCAGUUAACGUCGACGCCAAGAUGUAUACGUCUCACGACCACCCGUUCGCGGAAAACAUCAUCCGGGUCCCACUUCCCGACAAAUACAAGUCGCUUCCCAUUCUGUUAUACGACAGGAGGAGUGACCCGGACGAUCACUUGGAGGUGUACACAGGACACAUGGUCCUGCAUGGAUACCCCGAGAAGGUGAUGUGCCGGGCAUUCAGGAAUCACCUUUCCGAUUUCGCGAGGAGAUGGUUUAGGUCCCUCAAACCAAACUCCAUCACCAGCUGGGAUGAUUUGAAGAAUGCCUUUUUGACUCAGUUCAUAGGUGUCAAGAAAUACAUCCCACCAAAACAGAACCUGUCGAGGGUAUACCAGGGACCUAACGAGUCCCUGAAGGACUGGAUAGCCCGGUUCGGGGAACAGGUUGCCGCCACUAAAGGAAUCUCCGAUGAAGUGGCCCUGAUGGGGGCGCUGUCCAGCAUGAAGAAGGACAUCCCCUACAGCACAGACCUCGACCGAAGGCCGCCCCACACCUAUCAGGAAUUCCUGACAAGGGUGCAGGGGUUCAUAAACGCCGAGGAGGCCAAGAAGGCCUUAAAGAGCAAGGCGGCAACCCCUGCCAAGGAGGAGGUAGGGCAUACUAGCAGUCAGAACAACAGCAAGAAGCGCCGAGGUCCUCCUCAGGUGCAAGCCAAGCCAAGGUACAACCCAGCUCCGAGCAACAGGGGCGGCAACGCCUCGACGAGCCAGGGGGUGACCAAGCGGCCCAAGCCGCAACGGUACAACGCUUACACUCCCCUGACUAUGGGGAUCGAGGACCUCUACCACGAGAUCAGCCAUCUCCAGGUCCUGCGUCGACCUCCAUCCCUAAAGUCUGACCUGGCAGGGAGAAACCAGAAGAAAUAUUUCCGUUUCCACCGCGAGAGUGGUCACACCAUGGCCGAGUGCUACGACCUGAGGGAUGAGGUCGAGAGGCUAAUUCGGGAAGGGAGGCUAGGUGAAUACCGAGCCGACCGCCGGAACAAUAACAGGCGCAACGACGACCGACGGGACGAGCAGAUGCGUGAUAACCCGCCCGAACCAGUUGGCGUGAUAAGAACGAUCUUCGGGGGGCCAUACCUCGGCGGUACCUCUUGA